UCCCGGAUAUUAUAGUGGCGUCGUUGUUAUGACAAUGUGACGUUUUUUGUUUUUGUUUUCUUUUUUUUAAUGCAAGUUGUAGCGAUAAAUAAAGUUUAAGUCAGGUGACAGAGUUUGGGUUUUCACGUCCUCGAAACUUUUUUAAAUGGCUUCUUGUGCACACGAAGAGUUUGAACUCAGCCAGAAACAUGAAGAUAUACUGGGGAAAAGAGCAUUACUGCUGCAGCAGAUGGAAGCGCACUAUGAACAGCAGAAGGCUCAGAAGAAGCAGCAGUGUGUGAAGUCUCAAGCAGCGAAGGAGAGGAAUGCUCAGAUCCUUAAGGAUUUUCAGAAUGCUGAAAAAAAUCUUCAAACCAGACAGCUCCUUCAUCCAGAUAUUAUUAACCUUGAGACUCUUUAUUGGGCCUCAAUUGAACGGAAACUACCAGCAUGGGAGCAGUAUUUACUUGGGAAAGGAAAACCGCCAGUCAGUGAGUCUGGGAGAUUGCUUAGGCAACAGAGACAGAAAACUAGACAGCAAGAUCCCUCACCUGUACAAUGCAGGGGUAAACCCCCUCGACCAAAACCUAGAUGACCUGUAAAUAAACACAAUUUAAGAUUUUUUGCCCCAAAUUAUGUUAUUUUAUUCAUUUAUUUGGUUUUUAUUGAAUACUGUACAUUUGAUUUAACUUAUAUAUGCAAAAGCAGAGUAAUAAUGUGUUCAUUGAAUGUUGUGUUAAGAUUUGCAUACAUAAGUACGUCCACGUGGGGGCGAUACUGACCGCAUUUUCUGGAACUACUCCACUAUCCUGUCUUCUGUGUUUGUGUGUGUGUGUGUGUGUGUGUGUGUGUGUGUGUGUGUGUGUGUGUGUGUGUAUAAAUGAAUAAAUCAGUAAAAAACAGCUGUUAUUUGUUAAACUAUGCAAUGAAGUAAAAAAAAUGCAUCUUUUGACCAUUAUAAUACUUUAUUUAUUAUUAUUAUAACAUUUAGAUAUCAAAUUAAGUGAUAUGUUUGAAGUUAAUUUAAAAUAAGUUAAGAUGAGUUGUUACCUUUACAAUUAAAAAAAAUUAUUAUCCAUGUAGUUUGUCAAAUGAUAAAUGUUUUCAUGAAAAACUAAUUCAUCUUAUUUCUAUAACCCACUAUUUCCCUCCAAAUGUAUGUAACAGAAGCUGUAUUUAAGUUGCAAUGCUGAGCAUUACUAUAGUAUCCUUAAGAACAUUUUCUGAUGUCCAGCUUAAAUCAAAAAUAUUGCAAGCAUUGCUGCACACAGUCUCAAGACACACAUCUGCAAAUUUGUAUUGGAAAAUCUGUGUCGCUUUUAAAUGCACCUCUAAAUCUUGUUGCCUCCUACCUGCAACCUCAAGAACAAUGAGGUCAUGACUGCCAUUACACAAAGCCUCUCUGAGCACUUGGACUGUCCACAUGAUUAUUGCUAUGGUAUUGUCUGUUUGUUGAAGCGUCAGCCACUUGAGUUGAGUGUUAAGUUGACCAUAAGUUUGAAAAUGAUGCAUUUUGGUUCUUUGAUUAGUUUUUGUUUCACAUAUUCAGACUGGUGUUUUGGGGGAAUAAAGGUGUGAAACAAGC